AUAAUUAAAACGUUCGUGAACCGUAACUCUUCGUCUCCUUGUCAUCCAUCCUUCACGGUUCGCAAUUUGCACACUCCCCUCUCUCUGGAACGAGCAAGGCGCCCUUCAACCACUCGACACGAGCGUCCGAUUACCGACAGACCUCCGAUCUCCGCCACCAGAUCCGAAUAUGAACGAUGCAGAUGUCUCCAAGCAGAUCCAGCAGAUGGUGAGGUUCAUUCGCCAGGAAGCUGAGGAGAAGGCCAACGAAAUCUCCGUUUCUGCCGAAGAAGAAUUCAAUAUUGAGAAGUUACAGCUGGUUGAAGCCGAGAAAAAGAAGAUCAGGCAAGAGUACGAGCGUAAAGAGAAGCAGGUUGAAGUUCGAAAGAAAAUUGAGUACUCUAUGCAGCUCAAUGCUUCACGAAUCAAAGUUCUUCAAGCUCAAGAUGACUUUGUUACUUCAAUGAAAGAGUCAGCAUCAAAGGAGCUCCUGCAUGUGAGCCAUGAUCACCACGGUUAUAGGAACCUUCUUAAAGAUCUUAUUGUUCAGAGUUUGCUCAGACUGAAAGAGCCAUCGGUUUUAUUGCGUUGUCGGAAAGAUGACCUUCAUGUGGUGGAGUCUGUCUUGGAUUCAGCGCUGCAGGAGUAUGCAGAGAAGGCAAAUGUUCAUUCACCUGAGAUAAUAAUCGACAACCUUGUCUAUCUUCCUCCUGCUCCUACACAUCAUAAUGCCCAUGGGCCUUUUUGCUCUGGAGGUGUUGUGUUGGCUUCUCGGGAUGGAAAGAUUGUGUUUGAAAACUCCCUUGAUGCAAGGUUGGAUGUUGCGUUUCGUAAGAAGCUUCCAGAGAUCCGCAGGAGGCUUUAUGGUCAGGCUGCAUGAUGAAUGGAGGCAUGUUGUUUAUUGGAAAGUUCCUGAGUUAAAAGAUUGGUCACUGGCCACCAGAAUUCCUUGCCGUAUUGCUUGUUUAUGUACACUAUUUGUUUCAUUGUUAUGUGAAUGUCGUUCAUCACUUCAGUUUUUUUAGUGAGUCGGUCUUUGCUUUUGGUGCUCAUAUAGUGUGGGGCAUUGCAAUAUACUCAUUUUUUAAAAAUAACAAGUAAGAAAUAAUUUCAUCUUGAGAGAGCAUCUACCCAAUAAAAAACAGGUCUCCAACUA